AAAAAUCGGCAUUUUUUCUGGUCUUUAAGUGGCGCACGUGUUGAAGUUGUCAAAAAAUUUACAUUUUGCGUUUUAUUUAUAUUCAAAGAAUUCAAAUAAUACGCGUAAAAGAUAAGAAAAGAUGACUGUGGAGGAGCACCGAGUGAUGGUGAUCGGAGAGAUCAUCCAGGCACUCCUGAAGGCUCAUCACGAAGGUGUUGACGUCAACCUCAAUCAUCUCAAGGCGAGCAUUACAUCAAAGUACGGCCUGGACAAGACUCCUCGUCUCGUGGACAUUAUAGCAGCAAUCCCAGAUGAUGCAAAACAAAUUCUCCUGCCCAAGUUACGUGCAAAACCCAUUCGGACAGCCAGUGGGAUUGCUGUUGUGGCUGUCAUGUGCAAACCCCACCGGUGUCCCCAUAUAAACUUCACUGGAAACAUCUGCGUGUACUGCCCAGGAGGUCCAGAUAGUGAUUUUGAAUAUUCAACGCAGAGCUACACGGGAUUCGAGCCGACAUCGAUGCGAGCCAUCCGGGCACGAUACGAUCCCUUCAUCCAGGCCUACAAUCGUGUAGAGCAACUCAAGCAGCUUGGACAUUCAGUGGACAAAGUGGAGUACAUUGUGAUGGGGGGUACAUUCAUGAGUUUGCCCGAAGACUACCGUGACUAUUUUAUCCGGAAUCUCCAUGACGCCCUGUCCGGACAUUCGAGUGCCAAUGUGGCGGAAGCUGUGAGAUUCUCCGAACGCUCCAAAGUCAAAUGCAUCGGCAUCACGAUUGAAACACGCCCAGAUUACUGCCUGAGGCGGCAUCUCAGUGAUAUGCUGAACUACGGAUGCACCCGGCUCGAGAUUGGCGUUCAGUCUGUCUAUGAGGAUAUUGCACGAGAUACCAAUCGUGGGCACACAGUGAAGGCAGUCUGUGAGAGUUUCCACAUGUCAAAGGAUGCAGGCUUCAAGGUUGUCUCCCACAUGAUGCCUAAUCUGCCCAAUAUGGAUCUGGAGCGUGAUAUUGAGCAAUUUAUUGAAUUCUUCGAGAAUCCCGACUUUCGCGCAGAUGGCCUGAAGAUCUACCCUACCCUCGUUAUUCGUGGCACGGGACUGUAUGAGCUGUGGAAGACGGGACGCUACAAAUCCUACCCACCCUCAACCCUAGUAGAUCUCAUUGCAAAAAUUCUCGCUUUAGUACCGCCCUGGACGAGGAUUUAUCGCGUUCAGCGGGACAUCCCAAUGCCCCUGGUGACGUCGGGUGUGGAGAAUGGGAAUCUACGUGAAUUGGCAUUGGCACGAAUGAAGGAUCUCGGUACGACAUGUAGGGAUGUUCGAACACGCGAGGUGGGCAUUCAGGCGAUUCACAACAACAUCCAUCCGAAUGAAGUGGAACUCAUUCGACGGGACUAUGUGGCCAAUGGUGGAUGGGAGACGUUCUUGGCGUAUGAAGAUCCCCACCAGGAUAUUCUUAUUGGACUUCUGCGCCUACGGAAGUGCUCAACGGAAACCUUCCGUCCAGAACUCAUGGGGCGUUGCUCAAUUGUACGUGAACUCCACGUGUACGGGAGCGUGGUGCCGGUGAAAGCGAGGGAUCCAACAAAGUUCCAACAUCAGGGCUUCGGAGUGCUCCUCAUGGAGGAAGCAGAGAGAAUUGCACGAGAGGAGCAUGGGAGCACGAAAAUCUCCGUUAUAUCGGGUGUUGGUACGAGAAACUACUACAGGAAGCUGGGAUAUGAACUAGAUGGACCCUAUAUGAGCAAGUCGCUGUAGGUUCACUGAUUGACUAUUUUAAUAAAAUUUUUAUUUUAUUGAAAUCUGUAAA